UAGAUGGUGCGCAUGCGCACUGCGAGCUCGGCAGAAGGGGACGCAGUGACAAGUUGUGGCGUCUUGUGUGCGCUCUGUGCUAGCCGAGGGGAGAAAGAAGGUGACACACCAAAGCGGAUAAAUAUAAAUGCGCAGUAACUGAGGGCUGCGUGGAGUCUGUGUGUGUGAGUGUGUGAGUGAGUGUGUGUGUGUGUGUGGGUGUGUGUGUGGAGUGGAACAGGUACUGCGCACCUCAGAACCAGAAGAACAGGUGUGUGUGUGUGUGUGUGUGCGUGUGUGCGUAGGUGGCGGGGGAAUGAGUGGGCGGCGGGGGGGCCGUGGGGGGCCUGAGCCCCCCAUGCUGCGGCGGCUGAUCGAGCUUCCUGCGCCGGUGCUGACUCGGCACCAACUGAAGCGUCUGGAGGAGCAUCGCUACAGCAGCGCCGGAAAAUCGCUGCUCGAACCCAUAAUGCAGUGCUACUGGGAGUGGCUGGUGGGCUGCAUGCCCCCGUGGAUCGCUCCCAACCUCAUCACCAUCAUCGGCCUCGCCACCAACGCCUUCACCACGCUCGUGCUCGUCUACUACUGUCCCACUGCCACCGAACAGGCCCCGUUGUGGGCGUAUCUGCUAUGUGCAGUGGGUCUGUUUGUGUAUCAGUCUCUGGACGCGAUCGAUGGGAAACAGGCUCGACGCACUAACAGCUCUUCACCACUAGGGGAGCUGUUUGAUCACGGCUGUGACUCACUGUCCACUGUGUUUGUGGUGUUGGGUACCAGUAUAGCAGUUCAGUUGGGGACGAAUCCAGACUGGAUGUUUUUCUGCUGUUUUGCGGGAAUGUUUAUGUUUUAUUGUGCUCACUGGCAGACCUACGUCUCUGGAACACUGCGAUUUGGCAUAUUUGACAGUACAGAGCUGCAGCUGUCUUUGGCUCUGCUGCACAUUUUCACCUCCAUCGUCGGCCCCAAAUUCUGGAACUUAACGAUCCCCGUAUUAAACAUCCAGAUGAAGAUUAUCCCGGCGCUGUGUACAUUUGUUGGUGCCGUGAUUUGCUGCACUAAUUAUUUUAGAGUCAUUUUCACAGGAGGAGUCGGAAAAAACGGGUCCACCAUCGCAGGGACGAGUGUGUUAUCGCCAGUCCUGCACAUCGGCUCUGUUAUACUGCUCGCUAUGAUGAUCUAUAAAAAAUCCGCCAUCCAGCUGUUUGAGAAACACCCCUGUCUGUACAUCCUCGCCUUCGGCUUCGUCUCCGCCAAAAUCACCAACAAACUUGUGGUCGCACACAUGACGAAAAGUGAGAUGCAUCUUUACGACGUGGCGUUUUUGGGUCCUGGACUUUUGUUUCUCAAUCAGUAUUUUAACAGUUUUAUAGACGAGUACGUGGUGCUGUGGAUCGCACUGGUGCUGUCCCUGUUUGAUCUGGUUCGUUACUGUGUGAGUGUGUGUAACCAGAUCGCCUCACACCUUCAUAUCUUCAUCUUCAAAAUUAAACCGGUAGCAGCCCAGUGAGACUCGCGCACUGCUGCCGACUCUGUGUGUGUGUGUGUGUGUGUGCGCGUGUGAGAGAGUGAGAGUGUUUAAAACCGUCAGCGUGCCCAGGGAUGAACCUGCACACAUGAUUUAUAAAAGACGUGAUUAUGGACACUUUAACUCACGACGAAAAAAAAGUUGCUUUAUUUAAAUUAUUCUGUACUAAAAGUAAAAACUAAUGCUUUGUGUGUGUGUGUGUGUGUGUGUGUGUGUGUGUAAUAACAGGUGCUAAAACUCAUUACGUCUCUGUAAGAAGAGUUUAGAAACAUAAUUUUUAAAAGAAAAAAAGAACGGAAGAGGUUAGAAAAGUUAAUUUGAUUUGUCAUAGUCUUCAUCGUUAUUGGUGUUUCCAUGGCAACCGCCGAUCUUUAGCAUUCAGAGGGCGAUAAUGUUCACCGUUCUGAUAUCACCGUGGGUGAAACGCCCGUUCUGUCCUCCACACACACACACAGUGACGACAUUAACACAUAUUUAAUACAGUAUUGCGAUAUAUGGUAUAAAGCUGAUGAUCGGCACGUGCCUCGCGGUCUCCUCAUGUUCUCAGUAUUGCAUGCGUUGGUUGUUUAUUGUUCUUUUUAAUCUCGCAUAACACAAAUUUAAUUUAAAUGUGAAACUAUUUGAAUUAAGUCCAAAUGAACGAUGACUGCUGCUACAGAUGUAUUCAGUUAUUUGUAAAUCCAUCAUAAUUAUAUAUUUUAUUCUGUAAAAACAGGUAUCAUCUCUCGUUUCUUUUUUUUUUUUGUGUGUGUGUGUGUGUGUGUGUGUGUGUGUGUAAAUUCUGACUCCAGCCGAAACAUGAACAUGUACACAGUGUUCCCUGUGAUGACGUACACACACACACACACACACACACACACACACACACACACACACACAGCUCGAACCCAGACUGCUCCGUGCUAAACACAGGCUAUACGCUCUCUUUACUGGUGAUCUUCAGCCUCGUAGCUCCAGCGCAGGACUACAGGAACACACUUCACACACUGAGCACGUGUCAGCGGACGGAGUGUGUCUGGUGUGAAGAGGACAGUGUGGACUGAAAGCUCACCUGCUCAAACCUCAGUGCAGAUAAAAAGCUCUUAGUCUCGUUUAUUUUCUGCAGCGUGUGAAAGGGUAACGUUCAAAUUAACUACUUUUUUAAAAAAUCGUUCUUUCGGCCCACUUUCUAUUUUUUUUUAUUAUGAACUUUAGUUUCUGUUUUUUUUCUUAUUCAGAAUGUAUUUUGCCCGUUUAUUUUUCCAAACCUAAAUAUGUUCUGAGUUAAACAUAUUCCGUAAUUUAUUUUCUAAAUUAAAAGUGCUUUGUUCCUAUUUUUCCCCUUUAUUUUGUUCCUUUUGUUUUUCUAAAUUAAUAUCUACAUUUUAUUUUCUAAAGCAGUUUUCCUGAUUCAGUGCAUUUAUUUGGAGUUUUAAAAAAUUGUUUAUUUGAAUUAAACGCUCUUCCUCUUGGCUGUUUGUGAAAUGUUCCUGCAGAACUCUGACACGCUGAUGUGUACGUGUUUAAAAUACAUCACUGACAUCCACAUUGUACAUGAAUCCACAUCUCACGAUCAGCCGCUGUGACUGAACACGUGUGUGUGUGUGUGUGUGUGUGAGUGUUAUCCUCACACACGUCAGCUGUUUUCUGUUAUUUUAGCACAUGUAUUAUUGUAAAAUAUUUUAUUUAAUGUUGCUUUUGCAUUCUGUGCCUGAAACCACUCUGUGUGUGUGUGUGUGUGUGUGUGUGUGUGUGUGUGUGUGUGGGGCAGUGUUGAAUCUGCCUGAAAUGUUAAAUGGAAUUAAUAAAAAAGACAUUCAAAAUUAAA